AUGGCUGAAUUCAGCGCUGCGCUGCAGCAAAGAGCAGUAGCAGCAGCAACAGCAGCAGCUGCAGCAGCAGAAACAACAGCAGCAGCACCAGCUGCUUCCCCUGUCGGUCGCCUAGAGCAACAGCUGAGCGAGCCACAGCCCCAGUCGCAGCAGCAGCAGCUGCUGCAGCAGCAGCAGCUGCAGCAGCAGGAGCAGCAGCAGCAAGAAAAGCAACAGCAGCUGCAGGAGGAAGCUUCCAAGGACGCAGCAAGAGUUCUCCCUUCCUCCCCACUCCCAGAAGCCGUAGCAGCAGCAGCAGCGGCAGCAGCAUCCCCAGCAGCACCAGAACCCUCUGCAGCAGCAGCACCCGCAGCAGCAGCAGCACCCGCUGCAGCAGCACCCGCAGCAGCAGCAGCACCCACAGCUGCAGCUGCACCAGCGCCCGCAGCAGCAGCAGCGCCCGCAGCAGCAGCAGCAGCGCCCGCAGCAGCAGCAGCAGCGGGGAGCAGCGUGGGUCGUUUGGUUGUGUUUUUUGUGUUUGCGAAUUUGCUGCUGUACGGAGACAGGGGAGUUAUUGCUGGGGCCUCAGCAGAAGUGGGGGCCCUAGCAGCAAAAGCAUUAAAGACCAGCAGCCCGGCCAUUUAUGUUGGUUUGCUGCAGUCCCUUUUUGUGUUGUCUCUGUCUGUUGCUGCUCCUGCGUCUCCGUUGCUGCUGCGGCUCGCGGGGCCCUUCAAGUUGCUGCUGGGGGGCCUUGCUCUCUGGGUCGCCGCUGCUGCUGCUGCUGCUGCUGCUGCUGCAGCAGGCGCCUACCUGCCCCUGGCAGCAGCGCGAGCAGCAGCAGGAGCAGCACAGGCUGUCUUCCUGUCUUUGGGCUUUCCCCUUGUUGCUGAAGCAGCACCGGAGGAGACGCGGGGGCGGCUGCUUGCUGCUUAUCUUGCUGCUGCUCCUGUGGGGUUUGCUGCUGGUGCAGCAGCAGCAGCAGCAGCAGCAAACGCCGCAGGCUGGUACUUCGCCUACCUCAUCCUCGCCCUCGGCGGCGUCGCCCUCUUCCCCCUUUGCCUUUUGCUGCACCGCCAGCAGCAGCAGCAGCAGCAGCUGCAGCUCGCAGCAGCAGCAGCAGCAGCAGCAGCAGCAGACAGCCUCCAAGCCGCCAUCCUGGCUGCAGAGACCCAGCUGCAGCAGCAGCAGCAGCAUACAGCUGACGACCUGGGCCGCCGAACGAGCAGCAGCAGCACCACCGCCACUAGCGCGCCGCAGCACAGCAGCAGCAGCAGCAGCGGGGGGCGAGGCUGCGGCAGGCAGCUGCUGCUGCUGCUGUCGUGUCCCCCGUUUUUGCUGCUGUGCUGCUCCUGCGGAGUUUAUGCUGCAGUGCUGCAGGGGGCAGGAACUUUUCUUCCUUUUAUUUCUUUAAGUUUAUCUCUUUUUGCUUCCGAGCUGCAAGCAGCAGCAGCAAUCAGCAGCACAGUCGCUUUCGCCGGCUUCUGCGGCACAUUGCUCGGCGGAUGGUUUGCGGAGAGUUUAGACAAGCGAGCUGCUGCUGCUGCUGCUGCUACUGCUGCUGCUGGCUUGCUUGGCGAGCCAAGUAGGCUGCGGGAGCCAGCCGCAGCAGCAGCAGCAGCAGCACCUACAGCAACAGCAGCAACAGCAGCAACAGCAGCAGAAGGCUCGGUUUGCGUUUCUGAAGAGCUUCGAAGGAAUCUGCAAAGUCCUAAUGCAACUUCACCUUGUUAUCAAUCAACAGCAGACACAGACGUGGAGCAGCAGCAACAGCAGCAACAGCAGCAACAGCAGCAGCAGCAACAACAGCAGCGGGGGGCAGCAGCAGUCACCGAUGACAGAACAGCAGCAACUGCAGAAGCAGAAGCAGCGGCAGCUAAAAAUGCUGCUGCUGAAGGCGACUGCAGCGCAGUUUGCUGCAGUGCAGACGCUGCAGCAGCAGCAGCAGCAGCAGCAGAUCCAAGCUCCGAGCUGCAGCAAAGGGAGUCUGCGGAAUGUGAAGAGGAGUGCCGCAGGUUGCUUCGCCUCCGUGAGUUGUGCGGAGGCGCCGCCUAUACAACAGCAGCAGCUGUGCUGUUCCUGACUACUGCGUGUUACAUGGAGGUUUGCCUCUGGUACUUGCUGCUCCAAACUGUCGGCUUUUUGGUGCUGCAGGCCUCCCAAGUCAGCUUGUCCCUCGCCGUCAUAAACUCUGUCCCUUACGAAAACCGCUUUCUCGCUAAUGCCGUUUGCCUCUGCUACAUGCACGCCUUCGGGGAUGUGCCCUCUCCAUUCUUUUACGGAUGGCUAAAAGACUUCUUCGCGCCAGCGUGCGCCCAGCUGGGGCCCGGCGGCGAGGUGACUCCGGCCUGUAUGGAGCAAAGCGCCGGCUUGCGUUUGACGCUCCUCUGUAUGUACACCCCAGUGGCUCUCAUGUCGCUCUCGGUGUUUGCUGCCAGAGCCAAGGGGGCCAUUUUGCUGCAGCAGCAGCAGCAGCUGCUGCAGCAGCAAGAGCAGCAGCAGCAGCAGCAACUGGUGCUGCUGCAGCUGCCCGGGGGUGAAGCGGACGCAGCGCAAUCCCCGCAGCAGCGCCUCUUCGGGGCCGCGUAA